AUAAGGUUCUGUUAUGAAACACAAGACACUGACACAGUUCUUCCUUUCUUCUGCAAAUUCCUCAAAACUAAGGAUUCUCCUUCCCACGUAUACCCACUAUUUCUCAUUUUCUCUUCCACAUCAUAUACAUAUAUAUGGUGUGUGUGUGUAUUAAAUUUGAGUGUUUUAAGUUGGUUCUUUCACUUGAAUUUUAUUAAGAAUGAUUAGUAAGGCAGACAUUUUUUUCAUAUGUUAGUUUUAUUAUUUGUGUGCAAAUUACAACCCAAAGCAGCUGUUUCAUCUUGUUCUGUUCACCAGUAUAUUAUGAUUUGUGUCUUCUUCACGUGAAAUAGAGAAAAAGAAAAGUAAAGGGGAGGAUUCAAAGAUGUGUUUCCCACUAAGAUUUUCAGUUGCAAAAAUCACAAAACCAUGCUUAUGAAGAAAUUUUUCUAUGAUUUCCUCUUGAUCAUGCUAUUGAAUGAAAGUUCUAUCCUUGUAAUAUCACAGUUUUUCGUAUAAAGUUUACUUUUUGUUACAAUAUGUUUUUAUUUAAGCUCGGCACAGCAGGGAAUUCAGCUGUGAAGCAGUUAUAAUAAGUAUUUAUCGUAUAAGUUCAAUUUGUCUUAUUAAUUUCAUGAAAGGGUUUUUAAAUCUAGACAAACACAAGCAUAAAACACACACAGAAAGCAUAUUUUAAAUUAUAGUUUUAAAAGCGGAACAAAACUGUUGAUGGAAAAGGAUGAUAAGUUUUAUUUAUUUUGUUUGUUUUUCUUAUAAUGAUAAACCAAAAAACAUUAUUCAUUACUUAACUUUUUUUGGGUUACAAUAGUUAUUACUUAAUGAUACAGUUUACACCUUAAACCAAUUUUGUUCUCUCUUUUCGUCAACUUUUACGGUUUUGUUAUUCACCUUCACAACGUCUACAUUUAAGAGCAUUUAAACGGAAUUUUUAUAAGUUAUUGCCUUUGUAGCUCAUAAUUUCACUAUGCAGAAUUUUGGUUCAUAUUUCAGUUGCAAAUUUCUUCAACCAUGGAAUAAUGAAAACAAUAAUUCAGUAUUAAAAGCCCAAAGCUUAUGACCAAUGAUUCAGAAAAUUAUUAAGACUAAUUAUUUUAAAUGGAUUUCAUUUCAUAUAGGAAAUUCUUUGGUGGGAAGAGGUAGAACUGCUUGAAGUGAAAGAGAUUGAAAUUUGAAGCAGGGGAAGAUGGAUUAUGUUAAUGGACCAGGAAGGCACCAUCUCUUUGUUCCAGGGCCAGUUAACAUCCCUGAACAGGUUAUUCGGGCUAUGAACAGAAACAAUGAGGAUUACCGUUCUCCAGCAAUUCCAGCUUUGACAAAAACACUGCUUGAGGAUGUCAAGAAGAUUUUCAAGACAACUACUGGAACCCCAUUUCUCAUCCCUACAACUGGUACUGGUGCUUGGGAGAGUGCUCUCACAAACACAUUGUCUCCUGGGGAUAGAAUUGUAUCUUUUCUGAUUGGUCAAUUCAGCUUGCUUUGGAUUGAUCAGCAGCAACGCCUGAAUUUUAAUGUUGAUGUUGUGGAAAGUGAAUGGGGUCAGGGUGCUAAGCUUGACAUUCUGGAAUCAAAGAUUGCUUCAGAUACUGCACACACUAUAAAGGCAAUUUGCAUUGUUCACAAUGAGACUGCAACUGGUGUCACCAAUAACUUAGCCAAAGUGAGACAAAUUCUUGAUUCCUACCACCACCCUGCCCUCCUUAUUGUUGAUGGAGUGUCUUCAAUUUGUGCUUUGGAUUUCCGAAUGGAUGAAUGGGGAGUAGAUGUGGCCAUAACUGGUUCCCAGAAAGCUCUUUCCCUUCCCACAGGGAUUGGUAUGGUGGUUGCAAGCCCUAAAGCUAUUGAGGCUUCAAAAACUGCUAGAUCACUUAGAGUCUUCUUUGAUUGGAAAGACUACCUUAAGUUCUACCAGUUAGGAACCUAUUGGCCUUACACUCCUUCCAUUCAACUUCUCUAUGGUCUCAGAACAGCUCUUGAUCUCAUUUUUGAGGAAGGACUGGAAAAUGUAAUUGCAAGGCACAAUCGUUUAGGCAAUGCAACCAGGCUUGCUGUAGAAGCUUGGGGUUUGAAGAAUUGCACCCAAAAGGAAGAGUGGUUCAGUGACACAGUAACUGCUGUUCUUGUUCCUUCUUACAUUGAUAGUACUGAAAUAGUUAGAAGGGCAUGGAAAAGAUACAAUUUGAGCUUAGGUCUUGGACUGAACAAAGUUGCUGGCAAGGUUUUCAGAAUUGGACAUCUUGGCAACUUGAAUGAGUUGCAACUCUUGGGUUGUCUUGCUGGUGUGGAGAUGAUACUCAAAGAUGUGGGGUACCCUGUAAGGCUUGGAAGUGGAGUUGCUGCUGCCAGUGCAUACUUACUGAACACUAUCCCUCUUAUCCCUUCCAGGAUUUGAGUCACAACCCAUUCUUGUCUUUACUUCUUUUUCUGCUCCUUCCUUCAGGUUCUAUGUAAAAUACAUGUUAUCCCCUUUUACACUCUUUUCUAGAUGAACAUAUUCUCUACUUUCAGUUAUAAUGGAUUGCUUCUUUCA